AUGGCAGAACUCAAUGGACGAGGAGAUGCGGUCUAUGCUAGAGAACGGGACCUGGGAGCUCGUCGAAAAACCGGAAGGGGUCAAGCCGGUUCCCAUGAAGUGGGUUUACAAGAUAAAGCGGGACGCUCUCGGAAAUGUGGAGCGGUACAUUGGAAGUCCCGGCUGGUGGCGAAAAGGUACCUGCAGAAGCAGGGAAUUGACUUUGAGGAAGUCUACGCCCCGGCGCCGCGUGCAUGGCACAUGCGCCUGAAGGAGGAGCUCGGGAACUUUGAGUCAACGGCGGACGCGGCACUCUUUACGGAAAUAGUAGCCGGGGAGCGGGUCUACCUAGUGGUGUGGGUGGACGACAUUCUAGUGGCGGCCCGGGGGGCGGACCGCAUUGGCAAAGUAAAGGCGCAUUUUGGGGAGAAGUUCGACGUGCGCGACCUGGGGGAGGCGAAAUACCUCCUCGGCAUGGAGCUGACACGCGAUAGGGAGGCGCGCAUCUUGAAGCCAACGGUGGCGGCCUCGACGGUAGAGGCGGAGUACAUGAGCGCAUCGCAAGCGGUGAAGAAGGCACUGCGGUUUCGCAAAGUCGGGGGAGACCUGGAGUUGGACUUUGAGGAGGUCUUGAUCUACUGCGACAACCAAGGGGCAAUACGGCUCCUCAAGCACCCGAUUGCUUCACAGCGGUCGAAGCACAUUGACGUGAUUCAUCACUUUGCACGGGAGCGUGUGGCACGCAAGGAGGUCGCGUUCGCGUACUGCGGGACGGAGGACAUGAAGGCGGACAUCAUGACCAAGGCGUUAGUACCGGGAAAGUUCAAGAAGUGCAAGAGCGAGAUAGGAAUUGCGCAAGUCGUAAGUGUGUGGGGGAGUUUUGAGAUUCGGGCAUUUAGUGUGCGGAAUCUCUUGGGUGACGUCGACGGGAGUUCGACGAUAACCGGUAAUUACUAA